AUGCGAUACCUGGGCAUCGAUGUGCCUGACGUGAACACAUUUUUCAACAUGCUCGGGGGCGUGGACGCGCACGGGAACGUGAAAAUCGACAGAUGCGUCGAGAGUUGCAUGCGAUUGAGGGGUGAGGCCAAGAGCAUCCAACUGAAUCAGCUGCUGUACGAGGUGAAAAGCCUGGACUUGCAGGGUGUGUACUCGCAGGUCUCUGCGAUGAGGCACGACCUCAGCGUCGUCAUGGGCUUCUUCGAGGGCCUGAGCGCUGCCGCUCCCGGUGCCGAGGAGAGCGCGACGCCUGGCGAGAACGCCGGGCGGGCAAAGCCGAUAGCCGCUUUCCUCGCGGCUGCGGAUGCCGGCAUUGCUGCCGCGGUGCCACCGGACACGGCGACUCCGCCAACGAGCCCCGGCUCGGCGCCCGCCCCGCGGAGGAACGGCCAGAUGAGGUUCUGUGGUAGGCCGACGGCCGCGAGCCACAGUUGCCUGCCACUGCUGCCGUGA